AUGAACUCAUCCAGAUCAACACUACAAAACCCGUCGUCCCUAUGGUCACUGGCAGGGCAGGCCCCUGACCAACAUUCAACAAGACUGCAGUGUUGUCUUCAGCGUCUCGAUGGAUUAGGGCAGCGCAUGCCCAAAGAAAUACAGGAGAUCGAGGAGAUCCACAGCCUUAUUAUGGAUAUCCUUAAUAACAACCACUGGUCAGAUGCCACGAUCGAGAAUUUGGGCAGAUAUGAUAGUACCAUCGACUGCCAAGCUGGACUCUAUGGCCUUGAUGCUAUUAGUACACCGUUUGUAGUAUCUUCACACAACCGUUAUCUUGUGUCACAACCUGCACUCCAUGGAACAUUUGGGGUCCCCGGCUCGCUGUCAGAGAGUACAGGCCUGUUGUCCCACAGCGCCCCUAGUUUGGCUGACUAUGCAACUCAGGCUCAGCACAGCAUCUACUCUGAGGCUUUUUUGUUCUAUGAUCCACGUGUCACAGAAUCAUCAUUGGCGGAUGUGGACACUCCCAUCGAAUUAUCGCUCCGUGGCACGUCUGAUACUGCCUAUGAGCACGAUGUGCAAUCUUUUCAGGGCAUUCAUUCCAAGGAGCAUGUCACAUUGAACUCUUCAGGCAGACCCAAUGCGCAACAGUCUAUCCCCGUUGUGCAGGCCAGCCAAGCAAAGGGCAAAAUAAAAUGCAUCCGGUCCGGGUGCACGACACUCCUCACAAAGGGUAGCCUCAACCGCCACGUGAGAGAGGUACACGAGGGGAAGAUUAGGGCUGUUUGUGAAGGCUGCAGAAAGCCGUUCAAGCGCCCUUAUCGGAAGGGUGUUCUGGACUCAUGUUCCUCACCCUCAGUUGGCCUGACCGUGUCCCAAACAGAUGGUUGCCGAACGGGUCCAACGGUCGCUGGGCCAUCAGUGGUACUACAUUUGUCUUCUAACAAGUUAGGCUCACACAACCUGGAGUACACUCCUAAGGACUACGUUUUCGCGUGCUGGACUCCCACUGCCAGGCCCGUGGACUAA